UACAAAACAAACUCAAUUUGGUACUUAUAUAUUAAUAUUGCACACACACACACUGUCUCUAGGCCUUUUCUAUAUUUUGGUUCACAAUCUCUUCCCUUUUCUCGUUUCUCUUAAAUGCCAGAAAACAUGAGUAUAUCUGUGAAUGGGCAAUCCCAAGUCCCUCCCGGAUUCCGAUUUCAUCCUACUGAAGAGGAGCUCCUCCAGUAUUACUUGAGAAAGAAGGUCUCUUACGAGAAGAUCGAUUUAGAUGUCAUUCGUGAUGUUGAUCUUAAUAAGCUCGAGCCAUGGGAUAUCCAAGAGAGGUGCAAAAUUGGAACAACUCCACAGAAUGAUUGGUACUUCUUCAGCCACAAAGACAAGAAGUAUCCAACAGGGACUCGCACGAAUCGUGCCACCGCCGCUGGGUUCUGGAAGGCCACCGGCCGUGACAAGGUCAUCUAUAGCAACGGCAGGCGCAUUGGAAUGAGGAAAACUUUGGUGUUUUACAAAGGAAGAGCUCCUCAUGGACAAAAGUCCGAUUGGAUCAUGCACGAAUAUAGACUAGAUGAUAACACCGUUGACUCCAAUGUCUCUGUCUCGGUCUCGAACACGAUUGUUGGGGAAGGAAACCAAGAAGAAGGAUGGGUGGUUUGUCGUAUCUUCAAGAAGAAAAAUUUCCACAAAACCCUAGACAGUCCGAUGCGUUCGUCUAUUAUUACUGCAGAAACCGGGAGCCAGAUGUUGAGUUCAUGCAACGAAGGAGCACUAGAGCAAGUGUUUCAAUACAUGGGAAGAGUUUGCAAAGAAGAUUAUUCCGAUGAAAACAACACUAUGCCGAGAUUCCUCCGGACAAUUGAUACAGCUGGAUACCACGAUGGAAGUUUCAUGAAACUUCCAAGCCUCGAGAGCCCCAACUCCACCCGCAGCCAGAACUGUUACCGGCCAGUGAUUGCAGACCACAAUGACGUCGGUCCAAGCUCGAACCAGGUGAGUAACGAUCCCAACUUGGCUUACCACAUCGACUCGGGUCUCACCAAUUGGGCCGUGCUGGACCGUUUGGUGGCCUCCCAACUGAACGGCCAGACAGAGAGUUCAAGGCAACUGGUCAGCUUCAGUACCGACCCCAGCAUGUCCUACUUCGGCCCCACCGAUCAUCAUGAACUCCAAUUACCAACCGUUGGAUCAUCAUCAUCAAACCACGGAAAUUCUCAAGAGUACAACAGUGAAAUAGAGCUGUGGAAUUUCACCAGAUCAUCAUCAUCCAUGUCAUCAUCCGACUCAUUAGGCCACGUGGUGAUGAAUGGUGCUGGGGCAUAACGGAAUCGACCCCCUUAUUAUAUAUAUAAUAAUCAUAUAUAUACUUUAAUUAGUUCCUAAAGUCAGAAGGCUAUUAUUAUAUUAGUGGUUAUGUGAUUAAAAACAUAAUUAAAUAAAGUGAUGAAGUUAAU